UCGUGAUACUUACUCCGUUAGUAUCAGUUGACGUUCGACCGUGAUACGUAAUAAAUCUCAGGCAGAUUUUUCUUUUAUCUCACAAAGACUGGGCAAUUUGCAACAAUUUUGUUUCAAUAGAUUCAGCAGUGCAUAUAAAUACCAAUUGUUCAAUAUCGCUGAAGAUUGACUUCAUUGCUACUUCAACCAUUUAUUUCUUAUUUCUUUAAACGUCUCAACGAUCAUCGAAGAUAUCUCAUUUUGAAGUGAAAUUGAAAUUUAUUUUGAUUUCCUCCAUAAAAAGCCGAUAAUUAUAUUAUAUACAUCGGAAAAACUUGUGAAGAAAUGACUAUAUAUUUCGUUGUAAUUCAUCGAACGAAGAAAAGAUACAAAAUAAACGAUAUAAAAUCGAUAAAUUUCGUAAUGUGAUUCAAGGAUAUUAUUUCAAAUUUUUUUUCAACACGCAUGAACACUUAAUACGAGACAUUUGAAACAUGGAUUUUUUCCAAAUUUUUUGCGCCAUUUGCAUAAUACUUCUUGCGAUCUAUUACUAUUACACUUCAAUUUACAACUAUUGGAAAGUUCGUGGAAUACCUGGACCAGAACCGACUAUCAUCAUUGGCAAUUUUAUGGAAGUUUUCCUCAAAAAAAUAUCGAUAAACGACAAACUAAGAUUUUUAUACAACAAAUAUAAGAAUGAGCCAAUGUUCGGAAUAUUCGAAGGAUCGUCGCCUAUUCUUGUUCUCAACGAUUUAGAUCUGAUCAAAGAUGUUCUCAUCAAGGAUUUCUCUAUAUUUUCCAACCGAGGUUUUCGCAUAUUUCCAAAGGCGGAACCAUUGGGAGAGCAUCUGUUCGCUUUGGAGACGGAAAGAUGGCGGCCGAUGAGAGCGAAACUCUCACCGAUAUUCACCUCUGGCAAGCUAAAGGAGAUGUUCCCACUUAUCGUAGAAUGCUCUAAAAAUAUGGAGCCAUAUUUAGACAAAAUAGCGGAGAGGGGAAAAUAUAUAGAAUGCCGUGAUCUGGCUGCGAAAUUUACAACUGACGUGAUCGGUAGCUGCGCUUUUGGGAUCGACAUGAAUUCUAUAUCGGACAAGGACAGCGAAUUUCGUAUAAUCGGCAGAAAAUUAUUCACACCCACCUUUAAAACGAUAGUCAGAGAUGUCUGCAGGCAAUUUUUGCCAGGAUUGUACGAUGUGAUUGGUCACAAGCUUCAAGUGGAAGAAGUAAAUGAAUUUUUGACGAAUUUGAUCAAAGACACGAUAAAUUACAGAAAAGAGAAUAAAAUAGUUAGACCCGAUUUUGUCAAUACGUUGAUAGAGCUUAAAGAUCAUCCAGAGAAAUUAGAGAGUAUAAAGCUGACAGAUUCGAUGAUUGCUUCGCAAGCUUUUGUCUUCUUUGUCGCUGGUUUUGAAACUUCUUCGUCCACGAUAUCUCAUGCCCUUUAUGAAUUGGCGCAGAAUCAGGAAAUCCAAGAUAAGCUACGCGAGGAAAUCAGAGAGGUUUAUGAAAAAUAUGGAGAAUUGACGUAUGAUGUAAUUAAAAAUAUGAAAUAUUUGGACAAGAUUCUCAAAGAAACUUUAAGGAAGUAUCCAAUAAUGGCAAUGCUGACCAGGCAAGCGGAGGAAAAUUACACGUUCAAGGGCACUAAAGUUACUAUCGAAAAGGGUAUAAAAGUGUGGAUACUGCCAUAUGGAAUUCAAAAUGAUCCAGAUAUAUUUCCAAAUCCUGAUAUUUUCGAUCCCGAAAGAUUCAAUGAAGAAGCUGUAGUUGCCAGGCAUCCUAUGACUUAUUUACCUUUCGGCGAUGGACCAAGAAACUGCAUCGGUGCACGUUUUGCACAAUUUCAAAGCAAAAUUGGUAUUAUAACAAUUGUCCGUAAUCAUAAAAUUGAUAUUUGCGAGCAAACUAGGAUUCCAUAUGAAAGUGACCCAUUUCAAUUUUUGUUAACACUGAAAGGAGGUAUCAACUUAAAAAUAAAUAAAAUAUAAGAUUAAUAUAAGUAUUAUAUAUGUAUAUAUACAUAUUAACAGUAAAAGUUAUUCAAUAUAUAUUAAUUAAAAGUUUAUAAAGUUUAAAAGAUAAUUUUGAGAUUAUAAAACUUAUAAAAAUGUUUCAGUAUUAUAUACAAAUUUUUAAGUAUAUUAUAUAAUUAUCGUUGCAACAAGAAUUAUCAGCAGUAUGAUUAUUAAACUAAUUGAAACAAUCGAUUAAAUUAAAUUAAAUUCAAAUUUAACUAAU